AUGCCUUGGAAAAGCCGAUGGAACGUGGAUAUACCACAAGUCUCCUUACCCACCUAUGUCUUUGGAUCACCCUCUGCUGCUCUGCCGGAAACUCCUCUCUACUUCGACGCAGAGAAGCCGGACAUAUACCAUCUGUCGGCAUCCGAUCUAAGACAAUGGUGCAAGCGUUUCGCAGCUGGUCUUCAGAAAGCCGGCUUGAAGCCCGGUGAUCGCGUGCUACUUUUCUCAGGAAACACACUCUUCUUCCCAGUAGUCUUCCUUGGUACCAUCAUGGCUGGAGGCGUGUUCACCGGCGCCAACCCUACUUAUGUGGCUCGUGAGCUGGCAUACCAAUUACAAGACUCUGGCGCAAAAUUCUUGCUAUGUGCCGAGGCGAGCCUGGACACCGGUAUCGAGGCAGCAGAUACCAUAGGACUCUCCCACGACAAGGUCUUCGUGUUCGACAAUGGAUAUGCAACUUUCGACAACACUGGCAAAGGACGCGGGGAUGUGAGACAUUGGAGCAAGUUGCUUGCAAGCUCCGUGGAGAGCUGCGAUUUUGCUUGGGAAGAAUUGAGCUCCGAGAAAGAGCUGGAUCGCACCAUUGGCCUCAACUACUCGUCAGGAACAACAGGUGUACCGAAAGGCGUCAUGAUCACCCACAAAAACUACGUUAGCAACAAUGAGGGUGUGGUUCGUGUUGCGAAGACCUUGCCAGAUUAUGAAGAGGCUAAAAAGACGGCGAGGUGGCUUUGCAUGCUGCCAAUGUAUCAUGCCUAUGGUCAAACAUACUACUGUGUAGGGACAAUUGCUCGUUUGAUCCCGACUUAUAUCAUGCAAAAGUUCGACUUCCUCAAGAUGCUGAGUUAUGUGGAGAGAUACAAGGUCACCGACCUCACGAUGGUACCGCCGAUUGCCGUGGCAAUGGCCAAACAUCCUGCCUCCAGACAACAUGACUUGAGCUCAGUAAGACAAAUCGGAUCCGGUGCGGCACCGCUCGGGAGCGAAGUCUCAAAGGAAGUUGAGCAACUGUGGCCUCAAGGCAAGGUGAACAUGAAGCAAGGAUGGGGCAUGACAGAUUGGGAUACGAGCAAGACCUCGAACUCCAAUGCAGUAGGAGAGCUGAACCCCAAUGUUGAAGGCAUGAUUGUAGACGUAGCAUCGGGAUCCGAGGUACAAAGAGGACAGCGAGGUGAACUUUGGGUACGAGGGCCUACCGUGAUGAAAGGCUAUUGGAACAAGCCAGAUGCCACCAAAGACACUCUCACAGCAGAUGGGUGGUUGAAGACUGGUGAUGUGGCCUAUCUUGAUGAGGAAGGCCAUCUCUUCAUCGUAGACCGCAUCAAGGAAUUGAUCAAGGUCAAAGGCAAUCAGGUAGCACCUGCUGAGUUGGAAGCACUGCUUCUCGAGCAUCCAGCUAUCGCAGAUGCUGGCGUAGUAGGAGUAACAAUAAAGGGGGAAGAGCUCCCGCGAGCCUAUCUCGUACGACGCGCAGACCAAGUAGUCGAGGCUCAGGACAUUCAAGAGUUCAUGAACAGCAAAGUCGCAAGACAUAAACGUCUAGCUGGUGGUGUUGUGUUUAUGGAGGCAAUCCCAAAGAACCCUGUAAGUGCUUCGAGACUGACACAAAAGACACGAGUUGACAUGAGAACAGNNUCGGGCAAGAUCUUGCGCAAGAUUCUGCGUGAUCAGGCAAAGGCUGAAGUGGGAGACUCGGAGGCCAGAGCAGCGCGUCUAUGA